CACUCAUUUUCCACUAAACAAGUAUACUGUAUACUCACCAAUUGCUCCUCUCACAUUCAUUCUUUUUUUUUUUUUUCCUUUCCAUCAUCUUGCUAAGCUCCUAUAUCCCAAGUUUAAUUUUGAAUCUUUACAAUCACGACUAUAUACACAAACCCUGUUGAGGUGAUUUGAAGUUGUGUUACUCUAUUCCAUGUUGAAUGAAAUGAUGGAGAAUACUGAGAUUGAGGAAAACAUAUUAUCCAUCGGCGAGCCUAAGUUGCAUGGAGGAAUGUGUAAGAGUAUUUCUGCAAUUUAUGGGAAAGUCCUGGAAAUCUUUCCUGAACUGGAAGCAGCACGACCAAGAAGCAUGACUGGUAUUCAGGCAUUAUGUGCUUUGCACAUGGCCCUUGAAAAGACAAAGAAUAUUCUUCAGCAUUGUGCUGAAUGCAGUAAACUUUACCUGGCAAUAACUGGGAACUCUGUUGUUGUAAAAUUCGAGAGAGCAAGAUUUGCUCUUAAUGAUAGUCUAAGGCGGGUUGAAGACAUUGUUCCACAAGCCAUUGGCUGUCAGAUAUCUGAAAUCCUAAAUGAACUUCAGGAGUUUGAGUUCUCACUCGAUCCAGUGGAGAAGCAAGUUAGUGAUGAAAUAAUUGCUUUGCUUCAGCAAGGGAGAAAAUUUAACAGAAAUCAUAAUGACCAUGACGAACUCGAAUGUUUUCACCAGGCAGCUUCAAGACUUGGUAUAACUUCUUCGAGAGCAGCACUUAGAGAAAGAAGGGCUUUGAAGAAGCUCAUUGAAAGGGCGAGGACAGAAGAGGACAAAAAGAAAGAGUCAAUUGUUUCUUAUCUUUUGCAUCUGAUGGAGAAGUACUCAAAGUUCUUCAGAUCUGAAUUGUCAGAUGACAAUGAUUCACAGGGUUCAACACCUUGCUCACCCACAGUUCAGGGAUCUCUUGAGGGAAGUAUUGGACCUGGAACCAAUAUUAAUGCUUUUGACCAGCAACUUUCAAAGCUCAGUUCUUUCAAUUUCAAUCCAAACUUUGGGAGGUCAGAUCAGAUGCCUGUCCCUCCAGAAGAAUUGAGGUGUCCAAUAUCGUUGCAGCUAAUGUACGAUCCUGUGAUAAUAGCUUCUGGGCAAACGUAUGAAAGGAUUUUCAUUGAAAGGUGGUUCAGUGACGGGCAUAACUCAUGUCCAAAGACUCAACAAGAACUUCCUCAUCUUGGUUUAACUCCUAAUUACUGUGUCAAGGGUCUGGUUGCUAGUUGGUGUGAACAGAAUGGGAUCUCUAUUCCUGAGGGUCCGCCAGAGUCCCUCGAUCUCAACUACUGUAGACUUGUAUUGCCUGAAAGUGAGUCUUUUAACUCCAACUCUAUGGAAAGCAUUGUGUCAUGCAAGUUCAAAGGCGUUAAAGUUGGUCCUUCGGAAGAGAGUAGCACUAUGGAGGAGGCUGAAGGAAAGGAAGUAGAUGAAUCCAUGCCAGCCGACGAUGAUGGCCUUAAUAAAGAGGCCCAAAGGAAUGAAGAUGGCGAAGCUGCGAUUGAAGACAGGUUUCAGGUCAAUUCUUUUGAUAUAUAUGAAGAGUUUUUACGCAUUUUAGACGAAGAGGAUGAUUUGUGGAAAAAGUGCAAAGUGGUCGAAGAGAUUCGGCAUCUGCUAAAGGAUGAUGAAGAAGUCAGGAUGUAUAUGGGGGCCAAUGGCUUUAUUGAAGCAUUACUAUGGUUUUUGAAUUGUGCUUUGCACACUAGGGAUGAGAUUGCUCAGGAAAUUGGAGCCAUGACCCUCUUCAACCUUGGUGUGAAUAAUAACAGGAACAAGGAAAUGAUGAUGGCAGCAGGAUUACUCCCGUUGAUAGGAAAUAUGAUUGCUAAUUCUACUUCAGCCAGUGCAGCAACAGCCCUUUACCUGAACCUUUCUUACCUCGAGGAAGCCAAACCCGUUAUUGGAUCUGGUGAAGCUGUUCCAUUCUUGAUUGGGGUCCUUCACCAUGAGACUGAUCCACAGUGUAAGCUGGAUUCGCUCCUUGCCCUUUUCAAUCUCUCCAGUCAUCCAACUAAUAUACACCACCUCGUAUCAGCUGGCAUUAUCGAUGGCCUCGAAACUCUUAUGAUGAAUUCGGAAGACCAUAUCUCGACAGAAAAAUGCAUAGCAGUUCUUAUAAACUUAAGUACAAGUAAAUCUGCAAGGGAUGAAAUCAUGUCAUCUCCUGGCCUUGUUAGUGAGCUUGCAACCGUUUUGGACGUUGGGGAACCGUUAGAGCAGGAGCAAGCUGCUGCUUGUCUGUUAAUAUUGUGCAAUGGAAAUGAAAAAUGCAGUCAAAGGGUUCUUCAAGAGGGAGUAAUACCUUCUCUUGUAUCGAUAUCGGUAAAUGGGACUACAAGAGGAAAACAGAAAGCUCAGAAGCUUUUGGCGUUAUUUCGUGAGCAGAGACAGGGUGAACUUUCGCUAGUUCAGGCGUGGCAACCCACUGAAGAUAGUGAGACUCAUCAGCCCAUGCCUCCUCAAGAUUCAAAGCCCUUAAGCAAGUCGACUUCACGGAAAAAGUUAGGGAAAGCUUGGAAUUUUUUGUGGAAGAACAAGAGUUUUUCUGUUAACCAGUGUUAGACAGUAAGCCUUGUCGCAACGGUAAAGUUAUCUCCAUGCGACUUAAAGGUUACAGAUUCGAGCCGUGGAAACAGCCACUAAUUCUUGCAUUAGGGUAGGUUGUCUACGUCACAUCCCUUGGGGUGUGGCCCUUUCCGGACCCUGCUAACGCGGGAUGCUUUGUGCAUCGGGUUGCCGAGUGUUCGGUAACAGGUUUGAGCUGCGGAAGCAGUCACUAAUGCUUGCAUUAGAGUAGGCUGUUUACAUCACAUCCCUUGGGGGGCGACCCUUCUCUGACCACCUAACGCGGGAUGCUAGGACAGUAGUCAUUAUUGUAGUUUGUAAAUUUCCUGUCCCAAUGGGCAUGACCUAGGUAGUCUUGGUGGAAGAGAUGUACAGGCCUUGAAUUUUUCUGCUUUGGUUCUCCUCGACCUUUCGUAUAGCUAGUGGGAUAUCAAGUUCUCUAGUUUCCAGAGUUUAAUGCUUUAGCUCGACCUUUCACACUAAAUAUAGCAGCUCUAGGAUUUUCAUAUUUGCUCUUAUUUUUUGGAAGUAUAUGUAUCUUUACCUAGCCUAAAUGAAAGAAACUGAGCAUUGUGAAUUAUUUUCUCGUACUAUUUUAUAUGGAUUUAAGUUAUGUAAACUAAGUGUAAGGAUUUUUUUUAUGCUACUAGUGAAUUUUAUAAGUUA